UGAGUUUAUUUUUUCAUAAUCUAUGAGAUUCCCAUAGCACGCUGUGAGAAGAAUGGCUUUCUGUUGUCUGGCUGUGAUUGGUUAUCUCCCUUUUGUUCCAGUCUCUUCCUUAUGGACAACAACACAUCCUAAAUCCUGUUGGAAGAGACGCUCAGGUUCUUACUCUGCAUUUCGUAGAAAGAUUGGUCGUGUUUCUUGUGUGGUUGAAGGUUCCUCGCAAAAUAUGGAAGUCAAAAGCGGAGCUGAUUGGAAGAUACUGGAAAGUGACUCUAGUGACCAACAACAAAUGGCUAUUCUGUCCAAAGUAGGAAACUUGGAGCAAAUAACACUCCAUCACGCACCUUCAAAUCAACAGGUACAAGUUGUUCUGUUUGGUGCUACAGUCACCAGUUGGAAGAAGAACCAAGUGGAGAGAUUUUUCCUUUCUCAAGAAGCUGACUUUAGUGGACAAAAGCCUAUUCGAGGUGGCAUACCUCUUUGUUUUCCGCAGUUUGGUCCUUAUGGUCCUUUGGCACAACAUGGGUUUGCUCGAAUAUCCUAUUGGCAUUUGAAACAGAUGGGAACAACUCAAGAUCGGUCAGCCAAUGGACUAAUACUUUCCUUAUCCAACCAAGAUUUGAAUUCAGCUUUGAUAUCUUCAUGGCCAUUUUUAUUUACAGCAGAAUAUCAAAUUAUUUUAGGUUUUGAUGGCUUAGAAACUCACUUCAGAGUACGAAAUGAUGGAGAAGAACCUUUUUCGUUUACUUUUGCUUUUCACAACUAUUUCGAUGUAUCUGAUGUUUCUAGUUGUCAAAUCUUUGGUUUGGAAAAUAUUCCUUAUUGUGACCGUCGAAAGAAUGACGAGUGGAGUGAAGGUGAAGAAAACUUGUCAGGUUUUCAAAUGAUGGAGCCUGUGGACAGGAUUUACUCUUCUACUCCUGAUGAACUCGCUAUAUUUGACUCUUCCAAGCUGCAGAUUAUUAAAAUAAAAAAGUAUCAUUUGCCAGAUUCCACUUUGUGGAAUCCAUUUGGUAUACAAGGUUCGGAUCCCGGUUGGAAACGGUUCCUUUGUUUGGAACCGGGGGCAAUCAAGAGUCCCAUUCAUUUGAAACCUGGUGAGGAAUGGCAAGGAUCUCAACUGAUUCAAAGUGAAUAAAACGGGAUAUUUCUUAUGUGGAAUUCAAUAGUGUUCAUUUCUUUUGU